GUUGACAUUAAAACAGAAGAAGAAGAACGCGCCGGUGGCGCUGCUGAUGACGUAAACCAAGAGAGGGAAAACUAAAACAGAAGUCACAUCGUUUAGUUGAAAGUUAGUUUAAGCUAAAUAGCUGUUAACUGGACAACAACCAGAAGGAUGCAGAGGACAUCCCGUUUGAAGCGUGAACUUCAGAUGCUAAGCACCGAGCCACCUCCCGGAAUAACAUGCUGGCAGACGGAUGAGCAGGUAGACGACCUCCGGGCACAGAUCGUAGGUGGAACAGGGACUCCUUAUGAAGGUGGACUCUUCUCUUUGGAGAUCAAGAUCCCAGAAAGGUACCCAUUUGAGCCUCCCAAAAUGCGCUUCUUGACCCCUAUCUACCAUCCAAACAUUGACAACUCAGGACGUAUCUGUCACGAUGCUCUCAAACUCCCUCCCAAGGGUGCUUGGAAGCCAUCCCUAAACAUCUCCGCAGUCCUCUCCUCCAUUCAGCUGCUCAUGGCUGAGCCCAAUCCAGAUGACCCUCUAAUGGCAGAUAUAUCGUCAGAGUUCAAAUACAACAAACAGCUGUUCAUGGAGAAGGCGAGGAAGUGGACACAGGAACAUGCUGUACAGAGGAAUACGGGAGUCAUGGAAGGUAACAAAGAAAACACUCCAGAUCAGAAAUCUUCAUCCCGCAAAAGAGAGUCUCUCACUGAACAGCAGGAGGCAGAGGAGCCAGCAAAGAAAACCUGUUUGUAGUUUUCACCUUGCAAUUAUACACAUGUCUACAUGUCAUGGCUACUAAAGAGUGAUGUAAGAGUGAAUUUAGCUUUUCAUUUAGCAGUUUUCUGUGCAUGCAUUCCUCUUCCCAAUUUAAAAAUAUCUACAGAUUUAUGUGUCUAUGUUUGUAUGUAUAUGUUUAUUUUUGUUCUGUGAUAUUAAAUUUUAUUUUAAGCACUAA